CGCGCUUUCCGUUGAGUCCCUCGCUGACGCCGGCUCGUGCACUGCCGGGGGUGGCGCGAGGGCGGCCGGCGCGCGCAGAGCGGUUCGGAGCCGGGGUGGCGGUUGCCUCGCGGGCGCCUCCACCCCCACCCCCUCCCCCGCCCCGUCUCAGGGGAUGCUGGCGGCCGGGGCGAUGAUGAGGAAGAGGCUGAGGAGGGAGGCGGGGGCCUCCCGCCCCGCUGCCCCCCGCCUCCCGCCCACCGGCUCGGAGCCCCGCCGACCCGUCCGCUGCCCCUGAGGAGGCCCCGAGCCAGCGGCCCCCUCCACGCCCCCUCUCCGUCCUCAAUGUCUCCCCCGCCGCGGGGAGGCUGCUGCCGCCUUGGAGUCCAGCCGCCCCGGCCCCCUCUCCGUAGCCGCCCCGUCGCCGUCGGCCCGCAGCAGCCGCCUGGGCGCGGAAGGAGCCCGGCCUCCCCGCUGCCACCGCGACCCGGCCGCCGCCAGCCCCUGGCGGCUGAGGAGCGGCGGAGGAGGCGGAGAGGCCCCCGGGGAAGAUGAAGGCGGACGCGGGAGACAACUCCAUGAUCAACCUGUCGGUGCAGCAAGUGCUGAGUCUGUGGGCGCACGGCACCGUGCUGCGGAGCCUCACCGAGAUGUGGUACUGGGUUUUCCUAUGGGCUCUCUUCUCCUCUCUCUUUGUCCAUGGUGCUGUGGGAGUGUUAAUGUUUGUGAUGCUGCAGAGGCAUAGGCAGGGGAGACUAAUCUCUGUCAUUGUGGUCAGCAUUGGAUUUCUGGGUUCUGUAUCUGGAGCAAUGAUAACCAGUGCAGCAGUAGCUGGAAUUUACAGAGUAGCAGGGAAGAACAUGGCUCCUUUGGAAGCACUGGUAUUUGGAGUUGGACAGACAGUACUGACAUUGAUUAUCUCAUUUUCAAGGAUUCUUGCUACACUUUGAGACUUCAGUGAAAACAGUCAGUUGAUAUAAGGAAACCUGUUGUCUGCAGAGAAGCUUCCUGAAAGUGGCUUCAGUGGCUGGUGGACAUGGAUUGGUGCAACAGGAAGAAUAUGGGACCUGUACUUCAAAUCUAGAAGUUCAGUCAAGUGGGAAAGGACUGCCCUCUAGUGUCUACACUGUUGUACUCCUGCUCUGCACCUUACGUGCCUCAGUCACAGGAAAGGUGCAAUUAAUGUAUGUGAAGCUGUGAGAUAAAGCACCUUGAAGAGCUGCCAAUCAGGUUAACACUUGAUGAUGAGAUCAUUGUUCUUAAUAGUGUUGAAAUACAGGGACAUUUCUGAAGAUCAGUACAUGUGCCAAACUUGAAGUUUAAUUUUUAAACUAUUGAUAGUGUGAACAUUUGAAAUUGUAGUAAUAGAUGAGUGCUGUGAAUAUAUUCCACAUUAAUUCAGGUAAACUAGUAAGGUACUUGCAUUUGUUUAACUUAGUCCUACUCAGUGCUGAGUGUUACCCCAUUCAACAUAUGAAAUAACUACUUGAUUUUUGAACUGUACAUGAGUAUUAUUGGGAUAUAGGACUGCAGCAGUUCUGUUCAUAAAAUUAAUGAGGUUAGCACUAUAUGUAGGAGAUCUUUAGUGAAGCAAUUCUGUGAGGUUCACCACCUAUAGAAAAGAGAUUUAAUGGUUUUAUUUCCACAUACUUGGUAUUUUAUCAGUCCAAAAAUCAUCAAGCAGACUGUGAGUAGGGCAAACUAAGUACAAUCUAUUAUGUAUAUUUACAAAUGAAAUUUAAAUUAUUCCUUUACUCAUAAAUUUUGUUUGAAAUGUAGGUAUUCAUUAACCUUUCUGAAAAAGGUACUUGUGUUUAUCUUCAAAGAAAGAAGUUGUUUCCAGUGUGAUGUCAGAGAAAUUACUUGUUGCAAUUAAAUCUUCUUUUUAAUGAUAUUUAAAACCAGAACCAGUCUUUAAUUCUGAAACAUCUAAUGUUUAAAACAUGACCUAAUCUAGGCUCUGAAAGAGAAUUAAAAAAACAAGUAAAGAAACAACAAAGAACAUUGAAAUUGAACGGGAUCAUUGUUCCAGUAUUCUGCUGAACAAAAACGGUAAAUUUAAUGUUAAGAUCCGGUCUAUCAGUAUCAAAACUGGGACAAUAGUGUAAUGCAUGUACUUCCUCAUUUCUGAACUCAUUUUAUCCUAUGUGGAGUUUUCAGAUAUUUAGCUUUCAGUAGACUUGUGUUCUUUCUACUUUAAAAGGAACAGUGGUAAUAUGCAUGUAAAAUGCACAUAUAAAAUGGUUCAAAGCGAAUAGAAAUUUUAAAAUAUUACAGGAGUGCAGAAUUCAGAAGGGCAAGAAGGUCUGUGUGCGGAAAGAGGGAAUCAUUCAUAUCCUGCUUCAGUGGAGUACUUUUACAACAGUUGUUGAAUAAAUGUGUGCAUAGAGAGGGAGAGCUUAUGCACCAGAGGUGUUGCUGUCAUGAUGUCCAAGAUUAUUCCAGGCCUGUUGAAACAGUAGUAUUUGCAGCACUAUCAAAAGGACACUGUCACAAAAGUUACUUAAAAAUUACUUCGCUCACUGCUUUAAAAUACAAUAAAAAUCUGAUUUUACCAUUAUUUCCUCCAUAUACAUUAGUUUAUCAGUUAUUAUUCAUAAUUGGUAGGCUGCUGAUAUCUGUAGAUAAUUAUUUAAAUUUUUCUCAUUAACUUAAUUUAUGAAAAAUAAUUGAUUGCAGAUAGUCAAGUCACUGACUUAAAAAAAAAAACAAUUUAGUAUAAAUAAAAUAACUGAAGUUAUAUUCCUUUUAAUUUAAUGUGCCUUGGAGAGAGAAAUUUUAGGGGAAGGAAUUUUAAAUAAUUUUACUGUCCUCUUACUGCUUGUUCUCUUCUUGCUUUUACUAACAGAUUUGAUUAUCUGAUGCAAUGGUUUAAUCAACAGAAGUACUGGGAGGAGUAAUGAAUUCUUAUGGCAUGACAAACUAUGGAACCAUGUUUUAUCUGGAUCUAAAAAUUCCUUUCCUAAAACAUAGUCUUCAGUAACUUGAAUAAUUUCAAGACUUCUUAACUUUCACUAGAAAGCUGCAUCUUAGACUUCAGAUUUUUUGCACAUCUAACUAACUUGCUGUUCUAUUCAUAACGUUUUUGUCUUAUGACAAUUUAACAUCUUCAGUCUCACCGUAUUAAACCAAUGACUACAAAAGACGCCAUUACUAAGUUCAGAAGUUUGAAUGAAAAUUAAAAUUUCAUUGAAUGGUAAACUGUGCUUUUCACCUCAAUUGAGGUGCCAGUGAAGUGUUUGUUAAUGUGCGCCUUCUUAUGAUAUAGGUCAGCAUUUUUCAGAGGAGGAAACCUCUGCAAUAUUAGGACCAGCUGUUGAAUGAUCUUUAGCUCAAGCAUGUAUUAGGUUUAAAAAAUAUAUACGUUGCAUACAGAAUUGUCACUCUCUAAAAUAUGGUCUGAGCUGCUUAGUUGUCUAUAUUUAUUAUAUGGUAUUAAUGUUCAGCAACAGUAGGCAGUCAGACUAUUCAAUAUAAUGUCCAAGUGGCUCCCCAGAUGUCAAUAGGACAAAACUAUCAACUCUGAGGAAGAAUUCUUAACUGCUUUGCUUUAUGGGGAGAUACGAGGAUGAAUAGCUUGGCACAAAGUACAGUAUUAACUUAUUGCCUUUUCACAUUAAAAUACAGUAUUUGAAUGAACAAGCAGUUACCAGUGGUGAAAACAUCUUCAGUAGCCUUAUGCCUUUGAAAGAAAUAGAUCAGUUUCAGCACUGAUGUUUUAUUCCAAUGACUGCUUUUGGGAGUUGGAUGGCUGCUGCACUCUUUGGCCCUUAUUAUAAAAAAUGGUUAUAGUCAAUAUGUAUACAUGUAAUAACCAGGAAUGGUCUUUUUAUAAUCCAUUUUGUGAAAAAUGUGUUUUAGAAUUUACGCACGCUAGUAAUUCACACAACAUCUUGGAGUAAAUUUCUUGGGACAGUAUUAUAUCUUUUAUUGUAAUAGUACUGUGCAGUAUUUCAAGACAAAGGCAUCUUUUAUAUGAAUGGCCCUAUAUGGAUAUGCUUGAUGGUUAUUAUUCACUACAGUAGUGUAGAAGUGCAACAUAUCGACACAAUUCUGGUCUUUGGAAAAAUGACAGUGUGGUAAUUGAUGUGAAGAAACUUCAACCACUUACUUGUAACUUUAAGAUAGAAGCUCUUUUGGUUUUUCAAGAUUUAAAUACCAGCUAUAUUUGAUUAUUAGCUAUGCAUCACUAUAAAAAAAGAAUUCUGUUUGCAGAUAGCUAGAACAGCUGUGUUAUAUGAAGAAAAUAUUUCAAAUCUUUUUAAUUUUUGGUGAUCUUCUUAUGUUUGUUGAAUGGAUCUCUAUGUACCAUGGUUAGCAAUGGAAUUCUGGGCAUACUCCUCAGUUGUUUACAGCAACAGAUGACAGUAGUUAAACCAGUUUUAAUGUACGAACACAGGGACCAAAGAGUGAUUUAUACUUCUGUCUUUAUCUGUAAUGUUACAUAGCAGUAUAAAUAUAUUUCUAAUGUUCAUUGAAUUGUGAUUGUUUUAAUCUAAGGAAAUAAUGAUUCUUUGUUAGUUUUGCACUUUGCUAUUUAUUUGUUCUGUUUUUUUGUUUUAGUAUGAUUAGUUGAUUUUUAUUUUAAUUACAUUUGUCUUUUUUAUUGUACAUAGUACCAUCUAGUAAAUAGCUUUUUGUAUUAUAACUGUUUAGAAAAUCUGUCCUUGUGUUUGUAAACUGUUCUUCUUUUUCACUAGCAUGUGUAUUUUGACAUUUCAUUCACUGAGCAUAUUUUAGUAUGCCUUUAAUACAUUAACUUAAUAUUACAUCA